AUGACUCACUCGUUCGAGCCGCUACAGAAUGAUCUACUCCUACGGGCCGCCUGGGGCCAGAAGGUGGAACGGCCCCCAAUGUGGGUGAUGAGGCAAGCUGGCCGUUACCUCCCAGAGUAUCACGAGGCAAAAGCCAACCGGGAUUUCUUCGAGUGCUGCCGAACUCCUGAGAUCGCAUCGACCUUGACCCUCCAACCAAUUGAUCGGUUCGCGGGCCUCAUAGAUGCCGCUAUUAUCUUCUCCGACAUUCUGGUGAUUCCCCAGGCUAUGGGCAUGGACGUCCAAAUGGUCGACAAGAAAGGACCGCACUUCCCAAACCCUCUGAAGAGCCCCGACGACGGUCAGUAUGCGCAGGUGAUGGAACGCCAGGUGGAUGUUUCCAAGGAGCUAGGCUAUGUCUACGAUGCCAUCACGAUGACAAGACAUAAACUUAAGGGAAGAGUGCCGCUCAUUGGGUUCUGCGGAGCCCCCUGGACACUGCUCUGCUAUAUGGUUGAGGGCGGAGGGACGAAAAUCUUCCAGCACAGCAAGGCGUGGAUCUACAAAUAUCCAAAUGAAGCGAAGGCUCUCUUGCAGAAGAUCUCUGAGCUAUGCGUUGAGCAUCUUGCGCUACAGGUGAAGGCAGGCGCUCAGGCCGUCCAAGUCUUUGAUUCUUGGGCUGGUGAACUGUCGCCAGCGUCAUUCAAGGAGUUCUCGGAGCCCUACCUAGCCUAUAUUGCAAAGUACUUGCCGCUAAAGCUGCGUGAGCUUGGCCUAGAUGUGGUGCCCAUGAUUGUCUUCCCCAAGGGCGCUUGGUAUGCCCUGGAUUCCGUGUCGAACUUGGGCUACAAUGUUGUUGGCCUCGAUUGGACUCAUGACCCGGCGGAGGUGGUCAAGACGAUAGGCGACCGCCCGAUCGUGAUUCAAGGCAAUGCAGACCCAGGGGUCUUGUACGGGUCGCAUGCAUCCAUAACGGAGGUCGUCAAGAAGAUGGUAGAUGGUUUCGGGUGGGCGGAACGGAGGAGAGGCUGGAUCGUUAAUCUCGGACAUGGGAUAACACCAUUCGUCAACCCAGACGAUUUGAAAUUCUUCUUCCAAGAAGUCCAUCGCCUUACUGUCUAA